AUGGCGCUAUGGCUCACGCUGCUCCUCGGCGUGGCCCUCCCCGCCGCGGCGCUGGUUGCUGCCGCGUGCUACGCUUACCGCCGGCGGCACAUGCCCCGUAACGCGCCGCCGGAGCUACCGGUCGGUGCUCGUGAAGUCGGCGGCGCCGACCCGUCGGCCAGUCCUGGGCUGGCGAAGCUCAACGCCAAGUACACCGCCAGCAGCGGCCGCGUGGGCGUCCGGUUCCAGCAGUUGCACCACCACCACCAUGUCCGCGGCGAUUCGAGGCACCGGGGACCGGGCGGUGGCGCGCUGCAGCAGGGCCCGUUCCAGUGGGGCGAUCACCCGCGGCUGGUGAUCGGGGCGGCGGAGCACGGGUGGGCGCAGUUCGUCUUUGCCGUGGCGCCGCCGAAGGCGAGGUCGGCAUCGUCGUCCCCGCUGUGGGGGCUCUGUCCGGUCUGUGACGCCGGGACCAGCCGCGACAUGGCUGAGGCCGCGUGGGAGGUCCCCGUGGGAUCGUCCGAGCGGCUGCAGGCUGUGCGGCUCAAUCCCGUGGCCGCGGCCGCCGGAGCCGCCGCGUCCAGCAAGAAGUGGCUCCCGGGAAGCCUGUCGAGCCCCCUCCGCAACGACCAGGAUCUGACAAGUAACAACGGUCUUUGCAUCGCCAGGAUGGGCAUGCCGCUACCGGGGCCGCCGAUGAACGGUACGCCGUUCCCGCAGGACGCCUACUUCGAGGUCACCAUCAUAUAUCUGAACACACGGCGCCCGGAGUGGUCGGCGUCCCGGACGAGCAGGCGUGGGCACGACGGCUCCGGCGACAGCGAGCGCAGCAAGCUCAUCAAUUUUGCACCGGACACCACCGGCCCGAUCCAGGAAACCAGGGCCGCGAAAGAUGACCAGGGAGACAAACAGAGGCACUUGGUCAUGUCGCUGGGCCUCGCCGCCGGGUCCGCCGCACCGGCCCGGCCGUCGUUAGCCGGAACGUAUGCGUCGUCCAUCGGCUUCCACUCCAACGGCGCGGUCUACCUCGACGGGAUGAAGCUGGCGUACGAAUCGGAGAAGUCAGCGUGGGCGGGGGUGGACAAGGUCGUGGGCUGCGGCUUCGAGCCGACGAAGCGGAAGGUGUACUUCACGGUGGACGGACAGCUCGUCCACGCGGUUAGCUGCAACGCCGACGCCUUCUCCAGCCCGCUGUACCCGGUGCUGGCCUCCAGCUUCGACGUGAUGGCGCUGGUGAACCUCGGGCAGAGCAAGUUCCGGUACGCGCCGGCCAACGCGCGGCGCACGGCCAACCCGUGCUUCGUGCGGUCCGCGUCGCUGGGCGAGGGCCGGAGCGGGUCCAUGGGGCUCGACUUCGACGACAGCGGGGACCUGUUCUCCAUGGGCCGCGUGGACUCCGGCUGGACGGAGGCCUCUCGGGUUAGCAAGAGCAGGAAGGAGAGCGGCGGCGGCGCGACGGCGGCCGGCGACCUCGAAGCCGAGUCUGACCUCUUCGAGAUCUCAUUGUGA